CCAUUCCUGUCAGCAGGAGAUGGGGAAAAGGCCAUGAAUCUGUAAACAGGCCCUUAUCCCUGACUCAGCUUCUCGCCCUGGCUCCUAUUUUCGAGAUCUUUCUGACACAGUGUGCACGACGUGUUCAACGGCGAACCAACCUCGUCUCAGCCUUAUCCCUGCAGCUAUUGUCACUGCUAAUCAAUAUGUUGUUUGCUCGCACUCCUAGUAGCCGCGACGCGUAGGAGGUCGCGUAUGUUCCAGUAGUUCGAGCGCGACGCGGUGCCGCCAUGGGAGUGCAGGGCUUGUGGGAGCUGCUGGCGCCUGUCGGCCGACGAGUGUCCGUAGAGGCUCUCGCCAACAAGACUGUAGCCGUCGACGCGAGCAUCUGGCUAAUGCAGUUCGUGAAGGCGAUGCGCGACGAGCGCGGCGAGGCGGUGCAGGGCGCGCACCUGCUGGGCUUCCUGCGGCGCCUGUGCAAGCUGCUCUUCCUGCGCAUCCGCCCGCUCGUCGUCUUCGACGGCGCCACGCCCGCGCUGAAGCGGCGCACCGUCAUUGCGCGGCGGCGGCAGCGCGAGAACGCGCAGAUCAACCUGAGGAAGACCGCGGAGAAGCUGCUGCUCAACCAGCUGCGGCUGCGCAAGCUGGAGGAGGCGGCGAGGGACAUGCAGCAGCGGGGCAGGGGGAGAGCGGCGCGCAGGGGGGACGGAGGGGCGCAGGGACGGGGCAAGGGGAAGGAGAAGAUGGACGACAUGGCGGACGAUAGGAAGCACGAGGGCGAGGAGGGGGGGAGAGGCGUUCAAGGAGACGGCGCAGCACAGGAGCGGAGGGACAGCGAGGAGGGGUCGCGGGGGGAGCAGGAACACCCUGAUGCUCUCCUGGCAGCAUCGCUGGCAGCUGAGUGGGCAGGGCAAAGCGUGAGCCCCUUAGGUGCGGGACCUGACGUGGCAGGCACCUCCCGUGAUGUUGCUGCUGCUGCUGCUGCUGCUGCUGCUGCUGCUGCUGCUGCUGCUGCUGCUGGCGGUGGUGAGGCUGCCAGGGAGGCAGUGAGGGUGGAGGGAGGAGACGGUGGCAGUGAUGGGGACAAUCACGAUCACGAUGAUGAUCAUGAUGAUGACUUGGGCGAAGAAGCCAUGGCUCUCCUACCAGCGCUAUCAUCUGGGGGAGGCGCACCUCUGGACCCUGCAGUGCUGGCGUCGCUUCCGCCCUCCCUGCAGCUGCAGCUGAUGGUGCAGGUGGGUGUGGGUGCUGCAGCUGAUGGUGCAGAUGCGUGCUGCAGCUGAUCAUGUCUCUUCUCCCUGCCUCCUCGU